AUGGCAGCCCUUGCGAAAGAAAUCGCCUUGAUCACUGGUGCGAAUAGCGGCAUUGGCUACGAAAUCGCUCGCCAGCUUCUCGCCAAGGGCACUUACCACGUGCUACUAUGUUCUCGAUCGUCGCAAAAGGGGAGCGCAGCACUCCAAGACCUGCGAUCCCAGAACUUACCGGGUUCCGUGGAAUUGCUCACCCUAGAUGUUCAGAGCGAUCAGCACAUUCAUGAAGCUGCGACCUCCAUCACGCAGAGCCACGGCAAACUCGACAUUCUCGUCAACAACGCCGGUGUCGCCCUCCCUUCAGGCGCGACAGAGCGCGAACGACUUCAAACAGCCUUUGAUACCAACGCGGCAGGGCCCUACCUCCUCGCCAAAGCUCUCAUCCCUCUCCUGCGCAAGUCUGCCAAUCCCCGCAUUAUUAACAUCUCGUCCGGUGCCGGUUCAAUCAGUCGCCGCCUCUUCCCCGAAUCACCAAUGUACAAGAUUCAGGGCAUACCUUACCGUGCUAGUAAGACCGCGCUCAAUAUGAUUACUUCAUGUUUACACGUCGAGUACGGUCUUGGCAUCGAGCAGGCUGAUGGUGAGAAGGUGGAAGGAGAAGUGGAGGGCAAGCGCAUGAAGGUCUUUAGCUUUGACCCUGGCUAUACGGUGUCUAAUUUGAGCGAGCAUAAUAAGACGGAAUUUGGUGCCAGGAGUGCGGAGGAGACGGUGUUCAGUAUUAUGGAUGUUGUGUUGGGGAAGAGGGAUGCCGACGUGGGUAAGUUUAUACAUAACUCUGGAGAAUACCCUUGGUGA